CUCUCCCCUCCAGGUGCUCAGCUCCAUGUGUACUGAGGGUGACCUGUUGGAUCUCUGCUUCAGUCCCCUGCAGCCGUAUCAGCUUCUGUCCGUGGAGCUGCCUGAAGGACCCCAAGGGUCCCACACCACCGGGACGUCCUGGGCAGAUGCCUGUGUGUACGAGUGCGCCCGCGGCCGCCUCCAACGUCUCUCGGCAACCCGUAUCCCCGUCUCCUCGCGCCCCGUCUCCUGCUGCCGCCACCCCUCCUCAACCACCCUGCUACUGGGCCUCAGCGACUCCUCUCUGGUCCUCUACGAUGAGAGGAGAGGGGUGUCGCUGCUCGCCCCCUGCCCCAUCCCGCCCGUCCUGGUGGCCUGGCACCCUGCAGGGGGGGUGGUGGUGGUGGGGGGAGGCCAGGGGGAACUGAUGGCUCUGGAUCUUGGCUUGGCUCCUCUAGGGUUGACCCUAGUGGGAGAGGAACCAUCGCCAGCCACCACCACUCUGAGGCUUGCCCAGCAUCUGCGCUGUCCUGGGGGGCAUGAGGGGCUGUGGUGGGCUGGGGGGACGGGGCUGGAGGGAGCUGAUACACUGAUGCUGGCCUUCCAUGGAGGACCACUGGCCGCACUGAGGUUCAGACUGGGUGCUCUGUCAGGGGGUCAGCUGGGUCCAGGAGAGCUGUUGCAACAGAGGUUACGCUGUGGCCAGGUGGACCAGGCUCUAGGAAUUCUGGGAGCCAUGGAGUGGAGCACUAUGGGAACGGAGUGUUACCGGGCACUGACCUCUGUCACAGACUACCUGCUGAGGCUAGAGCUGGACCAGACCAGAGAGGCCCAGUUGGAGGCAGCUCUGGGUGUGUUCUACGCUCCGCCCCGCCCCCUCUCUGACUCGGUGGUUCUAGAAUACAGAGGGCCAAUCAGCAAGUACGCCCGACGCUUCUUUCACCACCUACUCAGACACCAGCGCUUUGAGAAGGCCUUCCUGCUGGCGGUUGACAUUGGAGCUAGAGACCUGUUAUGUUUGAAUAUUGAUGAUGAUGUCCAUGUUGACAGUCAGAAUACUUUUGAUGAGUUCCGUGUUGACAGUUUGAAUAUUUAUGAUGAUGUCCGUGUUGACAGUUUGAAUGUUUAUAAUGAUCUCCGUGUUGACAGUUUGAUUAUUGAUGGUGAUCUCCGUGUUGACAGUUUGAUUAUUGAUGGUGAUGUCCGUGUUGACAGUUUGAUUAUUGAUGGUGAUGUCCGUGUUGACAGUUUGAAUAUUGAUGGUGAUGUCCGUGUUGACAGUUUGAAUAUUUAUGAUAUUGUCCAUGUUGACAGUUUAAAUAUUUUUGAUGAUGUCCAUGUUGACAGUUUUAAUAUUUAUGAUGAUGUCCAUGUUGAGGCUGUUUUUGUGUGCUGA